UUUAACUUGAACUUUAUCUUUUUAUUUGCAAACAUGAACUAUAUUAUUAUUGUCGUUUAAAUACUUUUCUUCUAUUCUUUACUACAUAAAUCUAAUAGAAGAAACAGAAGAAAAGACGAGAGAUUUAAACAACACAAUCCUAGAAACAGAAAAAAAAAGAAAACUAAACUUGUAUCCAUUGCUGCUUAUUCUAUAAACAUCUUAUUAAGCAGCAACAACAUCACAUCUUAACUUGGUUAAAAAUCCCAAAAUAAGCAAAACAUGACACAUCACACAAUGGUUACUCCCGCAGUCACCUUGGUUGCGCAGCCCCCUCAUAAAUACAAUGCAAUUAAUUCAAAUAUCCUGACAAUGAAUCAAGCAAAUAAACAACAGCAAAAGUCCUAUGUUAGUUCUCUUGUUGGUAAGUCGGCUGUUUAUUUAAUAAACAUGUCCCUUAUUUUAUUAUUAGAUGUGACCAUCCAGGUUAUAACCUCUAUUUGGCCUAAUUCUUCCACCAAUAAUAAUAACAAUCAAAAGCCUAUUGCCGAUCUUCACACCUUUUUGCACCAUAUCCUUAAACAUUCUCGCACCACUCACUCUACACUUCAACUAGCCAUCUUUUAUCUAUUUAGAAUCCGAUCUAAAGUACAGCAAUCUUCCCACCAAGACGCCUACAUCUCCUGCGGUCGACGCAUGUUCCUGGCUGCUCUUAUCUCAGCACAUAAAUAUCUUCAAGACAAAACAUACAAAAACUCUGCUUGGAGUAAAGUCAGUGGACUGAACGUCCAGGAAAUUAACCACGCCGAAAAGGUUAUGCUGGAACUAUUAGACUAUCGCUUGCAUGUUAAGAAGGACAUAUUUGAUCAGUGGAUGUUGAUGCUUCAAUCUCACCUCAAAGUCACUCCUACUCCUCAACCUGUUGCUCCUAUGCCUCAGAUGAAGCAACACAAGUAUCACCAGGAUUUACUAGAACGAGCUCGUCAAAGUUUACCUUCUCCUCCUUUAGAAGAGGAUACAACCUUCAUGCCUAUUCAAAGAAAGAGAAAGGCUGAUGACAGUGAUGAUGAAGACGAACAUCAAAGGCUGACAAAGAAGCAAUGCUAAUUUUAUUUCUUAUCUUCUAUUUCUCUCCUUCUUCACCCCUCCCCCCUUGUUCAUAUAUAUUUUAUACUUUCUUCCGUGUACAUUAUAAUCAUUUUGUAUUCCCCCCAUUAUAAACAAUUG